AUGAAGCUGGAGAGAGUCUCCACCGCUCCCUCCCGAGACGAGUUCCCUCCGGACCUGUUUACAGUCCUGCACCCGGGCUCCUCCCGGGGGGCCGUCGUCUCCCCGAGGAACCGCGCGGCCACCGCGGAAUUUGGUGUCCACCUGGCGGAGCUGACCGUGGACCCCCAGGGGGCCCUGGCCAUUCGUCAGCUGGCGUCGGUCAUUCUGAAGCAGUACGUGGAGACGCACUGGUGUGCCCACUCGGAGAAGUUCAGGCCUCCAGAAACUACGGAAAGGGCAAAGAUCUUCAUCCGGGAGCUGCUGCCCAGCGGGCUGAGGGAGUCCAUCAGCAAGGUGCGCUCCAGCGUGGCCUACGCUGUGUCGGCCAUCGCCCACUGGGACUGGCCCGAAGCCUGGCCCCAGCUCUUCAACCUGCUCAUGGAGAUGCUGGUGAGCGGAGACCUGAACGCCGUCCACGGAGCCAUGCGCGUGCUGACAGAAUUCACGCGGGAAGUCACGGACACACAGAUGCCCCUCGUCGCCCCCGUCAUCCUCCCCGAGAUGUUCAAGAUCUUCACCAUGGCCGAGGUGUACGGCAUCCGGACCCGCUCCCGAGCCGUGGAGAUUUUCACCACGUGUGCCCAUAUGAUCUGCAACAUGGAGGAGCUGGAAAAGGGUGCAGCCAAAGUCCUCAUCUUCCCGGUGGUGCAGCAGUUCACCGAGGCCUUCGUGCAGGCCCUGCAGAUCCCCGACGGGCCCACGUCCGACAGCGGCUUUAAGAUGGAAGUCCUCAAGGCGGUGACCGCCCUGGUGAAGAACUUCCCCAAGCACAUGGUGUCCUCCAUGCAGCAGAUCCUGCCCAUCGUCUGGAACACCCUGACCGAGAGCGCGGCCUUUUACGUGAGGACAGAGGUCAACUACACGGAGGAGGUGGAGGACCCUGUGGACUCGGAUGGCGAAGUCCUGGGCUUUGAAAACCUCGUCUUCAGCAUUUUCGAGUUUGUCCACGCGCUGCUGGAGAACAGCAAGUUCAAAAGCACGGUCCGGAAAGCCCUGCCGGAGCUGAUCUACUACGUCCUGCUGUACAUGCAGAUCACCGAGGAGCAGAUCAAAGUGUGGACGGCCAACCCCCAGCAGUUCGUGGAGGACGAGGACGACGACACGUUCUCCUACACGGUCAGGAUCGCCGCGCAGGACCUGCUGCUGGCCGUGGCCACGGAUUUCCAGGGCGAGAGCGCAGCCGCCCUGGCUGCCGCGGCCACUCGGCACUUACAGGAAGCUGAGCAGACCAAGAACAGCGGCGCCGAGCACUGGUGGAAGAUCCACGAGGCCUGCAUGCUGGCGCUGGGCUCGGUGAAGUCCAUCCUCACCGACAGCGUCAAGAGCGGCCGGGUCCACUUCGACAUGCACGGGUUCCUGACCAGCGUGGUCCUGGCGGACCUCAACCUCGCAGUGUCUCCCUUCCUCCUGGGUCGGGCACUCUGGGCUGCCAGUCGGUUCACUGUCGCUAUGUCCCCUGAAUUGAUCCAGCAGUUCCUGCAGGCAACAGUUAGUGGCCUUCAUGAGACGCAGCCCCCGUCCGUGCGGAUCUCUGCUGUGAGAGCCAUCUGGGGCUACUGUGACCAACUGAAAGCCUCGGAGAGCACGCAUGUCCUCCAGCCCUUCCUGCCCAGCGUGCUGGACGGCCUCAUUCACCUGGCCGCACAGUUCAGCUCCGAGGUCCUCAACCUGGUGAUGGAGACGCUGUGCAUCGUGUGCACAGUGGACCCCGAGUUCACAGCCAGCGUGGAGAGCAAGAUCUGCCCCUUCACCAUCGCCAUCUUCCUCAAGUACAGCAACGAUCCCGUCGUCGCCUUGCUGGCUCAGGACAUCUUCAAGGAGCUGUCCCAGAUCGAAGCCUGCCAGGGCCCCAUGCAGAUGCGGCUGAUCCCCACGCUGGUUAGCAUCAUGCAGGCGCCAGCAGACAAACUCCCCGCAGGGCUGUGCGCGACAGCCAUCGACAUCCUGACCACCGUGGUGCGCAGCACGAAGCCGCCGCUCUCCCAGCUGCUCGUCUGCCAGGCGUUCCCCGCGGUGGCGCAGUGCACCCUGCACACGGACGACAACGCCACCAUGCAGGUACCGCGUGCUGCCGGAGGCGGAGGUCUGACAGGCCCACGCUCUGGCCUGUGUGUCUCACGUCUGUAUUUACCCGGAGGCCGGGGACAGUCAGCUGCCAACGCCUGUGGCCUGUGGUCUGGGGGCUGCUGUCGUAGAGAUGUGGGCGCCCUGUAUCUGGGGUCACCGCUGUGGAGGCGUCACAGACACAGACCUGGGCCGGGAGGGAGUCUUUCUGGAUGGUUCUCUGAUUUGCUGGGCCGCUUCCCUGGAGGCCAGCGUGCGCGUCUUGGAGGGCUGAGCAGCCGGGGCGGGGACCGUGGUGUCUGUGGCCACAGCGGGCUGUGGUACGUGAUGCAGGUGGUGAGCCAGCUGCUGGACCCCCGCACCUCCGAGUUCACCGCCGCCUUCGUGGGCCGCCUGGUCUCCACCCUCAUCACCAAGGCCGGGCGGGAGCUGGGUGAGAACCUGGACCAGAUCCUGCGCGCCAUCCUCAGCAAGAUGCAGCAGGCGGAGACGCUGAGCGUCAUGCAGUCCCUGAUCAUGGUGUUCGCCCACCUGGUGCACACCCAGCUGGAGCCCCUCCUGGAGUUCCUGUGCAGCCUGCCCGGGCCCACCGGCAAGCCCGCCCUGGAGUUCGUGAUGGCCGAGUGGACGAGCCGGCAGCACCUGUUCUACGGCCAGUACGAGGGCAAAGUCAGCUCCGUGGCCCUGUGCAAGCUGCUCCAGCACGGCAUCAACACGGACGACAAGCGGCUGCAGGAUAUCCGCGUGAAGGGCGAGGAGAUCUACAGCGUGGACGAGGGCGUCCGCACCCGCGCCAAGGCUGCCAAGAACCCCGAGCGCUGGACAAACAUUCCUUUGCUGGUCAAGAUCCUGAAGCUGAUCAUCAACGAGCUGUCCAACGUCAUGGAGGCCAACGCUGCCCGCCAGGCCGCCCCCGCGGAGUGGGGCCAAGACGACUCCAAUGACAUGUGGGAGGACGAGGAGGAGGACCAGGAGGACGAGGAGGAGGGCGGGGGCUUAGCGGGCCAGCUCCUGUCUGACAUCCUCGUGUGUCUGACAGAGGAGGACUACUACGAGGACGACGAGGAGGACGACCCCGACGCCUUGAAGGACCCCCUCUACCAGGUGGACCUGCAGGCGUACCUCACGGACUUCCUGUGUCAGUUCGCGCAGCAGCCCUGCUAUGUGGUGUUCUCGGGCCACCUCAGCGACAGCGAGAGGCGGGUGCUGCAGGCCAUCGGCAUCUAG